AAGGCCAGUCAAAAGCACACUACGAUAAUCCAGAGCGUAAAAAAAAAAAACGAGCAAAAAAAGUUGAAUGAGUGAGCAGGAGUGAGCCACUCAAGCUCCGCCCAUCGACCCACAACAACCGCCAGCCCUGCCGGAUGAGGAACGCCCGCACCUGUUCACUCCCAGCAGCUGAGGUGUGCACAACACCUCGCGCUGAGGUCCACAUCACUUCACUCCUUCACAGCCACGCUCAUCUCCUACACCAGGAAAUAUAGAUCACUGGCGGCCUCGUCAAGCUGCUUUCCAAACGUGGGUGUAUUUUUUCCGUCCACUCGUGUUCAUCAGUGAUUAGCUGCUGCUUACUCCAGUCCUUCUUGUCGAGCCCCAAACACAAGAUGCAGCCUCACGCCCCCGCCCCUCACCCGGGGAACGAUCCUCUUGAAAACCUGAAGACGACGGGCAAAUGGGUGGCAAUGAUGAUAACAAUAAGUUAUAUGUUUGGCGACUUGACGGUGGCACGGCAGCUGAAUCCCGAUCCCCGCAUGAACUCCUGGUUCCUUAUGUCCUCACCGAUCCCCACUAUCUUGGCGUCCUUCCUGUUCGUGGCUGGUGUCACCUGGUGGGGACCACAGUACAUGAGAGACAGGAAGCCUGUCUCUGGACUCCGACCUUACAUGAUGGCCUACAACGCCAUCCAGGUCGUCUUCUCUGGCUGGCUCUUCUGGGAGGCGGGCAUGGGCGGCUGGUUCGGGAGUUACUCGUUCGUGUGUCAGAAGUGCGACUACUCGGGCAACCCGCAGGCGAUGAGGAUGUUACGAGUCGGCUACUGGUACCUGCUUUCCAAGUUUGUGGACUUCAUUGACACGAUCUUCUUCAUUAUGAACAAGAAGAACGAACAUGUUUCUCUCCUGCACGUCUGCCACCACUCACUGAUGCCUGUCUGUAUGUGGUACGGCGUGAGGCAUCAUUCUGGAGGACACACAACUCUCUUAAUACUUCUGAACUCGUUCGUGCACACCGUCAUGUACCUGUAUUACCUGCUGGCGGCCAUGGGGCCACGUGUGCGGCCCUUCCUGUGGUGGAAGAAGUACCUCACCACCCUCCAGAUAGUUCAGUUCCUUACGGUUAUGGUGCAGAACGCGAUGGUGUUCUUCGUGGAGUGUGCAGUGCCGUCAGUUCUGCUGAUAUGGGUCAACAGCAUGGCUGUUCUCUUCCUGAUUCUCUUCACUGACUUUUAUAUCAAAGCAUACCGCAGGACAAGCAAAAAUCAGGUGGUGACGUCGAGCCGAGAAUCCUCCAGCAGGCUGAGUCUUCAGACGGAUACCACGACUAAGAUCAUGACGGACCUGUACCGGGCAGAGCUAGUGCGGGCGCGAACGCGGAUUUGAUGUCAACCUCAAAAGCCAGCGCCUCAUCCCUGGGAAAGGGUUCGAUUCCUGUGAGCGUGGAGCAAAAGUUAUGCAUGUGGCAGUGAGGUAGUUUGCUCACGAUUCGCCGUACCUUUCCUUAAUGGCAACUCGGUGGGCAUAAAGUUUCAAGUGUCCCUUCUCGGGAAUGUUUCAGGAAAAGUUCUUAUUAUAUACAAACUAAUGUUAUUACUAUAGUUUCCAUGGAGGACUCGCGGUCAGUGUGAACAGAUUUUCCGCUCUUAAAUAAUGUGUGUCACGCCUUCCCUUCUGAGCGGCUCCUCGAGGCGUAGAGGUGGUGACUCAGUGUUCAAUUGUUGCAUCAUGUAACUGUUGGUCCACUUUGUAUGUCACAGAAGGAGUACUGUUCAACGUUUUAUAGUAAAUAAAGUUUAUUGUUAUGAAAA